UUGUUAAAGCAGGCAUAGAAUAGAGGCUUGGUUCAUUAGUCAAAGAAGUAAAACUCCUGAAACCGGCGCCAAUUUCAAUCGAGAAUCGAGAUAAGGUUCUCUCUAGCCCUCUCUUCUCUCUUUCCCUGUAUGACCAGAUCGUGUGGCUAUUAAACUCGAAGCUGUUCUGUGAACAGAGCAGGAGGGAGGGGGGAGAGAGGGAAACAGAGAGAGCUGCAGCGACACUCUUUUCAAACCCUAAUUAUUUAAAGACUAUUCAAGAGAAAACAAGCCCUAAUUAUCCGCCAUGACUGCUCUCCAAGCUUCUCUUCUGUGCAAACAUUCAUUUUCUGACAUUUAUUUCUCAAAACGUCCUCAUGCCUCUGUUAGCAAUAUACACCGCUGCAAUUCAUUUGCUUGUCCCGUCUCAUUUUCCUUAUUUAGAGUUCGUUCGUGGAAAUCUCGAUUUUACCAGUACCGUCCACUAAUUCUUCAGGCAUUGCUGCCAGAAAACGCGAAUUCAAUCUCAGGGUCGAAUUUCUCCGAUAAUGAUUCAAGUCCGGAUAUCGGGAAGCUGCAAAACGAGGAUUUUUCAAAGGAAUUUGGCAGUGAAAGCUUGAGACCUGAGUCUGAGGUCUCAGGGAUAGAUGAUGAGGGAGUUAGAGAAGUUAGUGCUGAAGUGGAGGUUGUGACCGAAUCUGAAGACAAUUCGGUUGAGAAAGCAGGGCGAGAGAAUAGAUUGCCGAUAGUGGUCUUUCUAAUAGGAGUCUUGGCUUUCGCAAAAAGAGGACUUGAAAAGCUUGCCCUCUCAGAGUGGUUGAGUUGGUGGCCAUUUUGGCGGCAGGAGAAGCGUUUGGAACGUCUGGUUGCUGAAGCUGAUGCCAAUCCCAAGGAUGCGGCAAAACAGAGUGCUCUAUUGGCUGAGCUCAACAAGCACAGUCCUGAGUCUGUCAUAAGACGUUUUGAACAAAGGGAUCAUGCAGUAGAUAGCAAAGGAGUGGCAGAAUAUCUUAGAGCUCUUGUGGUUACCAAUGCUAUUGCAGAAUAUCUUCCAGAUGAGGCAUCUGGAAAGCCCUCUAGUCUUCCUACCCUGUUGAAAGAGUUGAAGCAGCGUGCAACAGGAAACAUGGAUGAGCCCUUUCUUAGCCCUGGCAUAUCUGAGAAGCAGCCACUACAUGUGGUUAUGGUUGAUCCCAAAGCAUCAAACAGGUCAACACGUCUAGCACAAGAGCUCAUCUCAACCAUAUUGUUUACAGUUGUUGUUGGUUUGAUGUGGGUAAUGGGAGCAGCUGCACUUCAAAAAUAUGUUGGCGGCUUAGGUGGAAUAGGUACUUCUAGUGUUGGCUCAAGUUCUUCAUAUGCCCCAAAGGAUUUAAACAAAGAGGUUAUGCCAGAGAAGAAUGUGAAAACCUUUAAAGAUGUAAAAGGUUGUGAUGAUGCUAAACAAGAACUGGAGGAAGUAGUAGAGUACCUCAAAAACCCAGCAAAGUUCACUCGCCUAGGAGGGAAGUUGCCCAAGGGAAUUCUAUUGACAGGAGCACCUGGGACGGGAAAGACUUUGCUUGCAAAGGCUAUUGCUGGAGAAGCUGGGGUACCUUUUUUCUACAGAGCAGGGUCUGAGUUUGAGGAAAUGUUUGUUGGUGUUGGUGCUCGACGUGUGCGUUCCUUAUUCCAAGCUGCUAAGAAAAAGGCACCCUGCAUCAUUUUCAUUGAUGAAAUUGAUGCUGUUGGUUCCACCAGAAAGCAGUGGGAAGGACAUACAAAGAAAACAUUACAUCAACUGCUUGUUGAGAUGGAUGGUUUUGAGCAGAAUGAGGGCAUAAUAUUGAUGGCUGCAACAAACUUGCCAGAUAUUCUUGAUCCGGCUUUGACGAGGCCUGGUAGAUUCGACAGGCAUAUUGUUGUUCCUAGUCCUGAUGUGCGGGGACGCCAAGAAAUAUUGGAACUCUAUUUGCAAGACAAACCGUUGGCUGAUGAUGUAGAUGUCAAAGCUCUUGCCCGUGGUACACCUGGCUUCAAUGGUGCAGAUUUGGCGAACCUGGUGAAUAUUGCAGCCAUUAAAGCUGCUGUUGAAGGUGCUGAGAAGUUGACUGCUGCACAGCUGGAGUUUGCAAAGGACAGAAUAAUUAUGGGUACUGAGCGGAAGACAAUGUUCAUAUCAGAAGAAUCAAAGAAGCUCACUGCAUAUCAUGAGAGUGGCCAUGCAAUUGUUGCAUUCAAUACUGAUGGCGCACACCCAAUUCACAAGGCAACAAUAAUUCCACGGGGGUCUGCCCUUGGUAUGGUUACUCAGCUCCCUUCAAAUGAUGAGACAUCAAUUAGCAAGAAGCAGUUAUUAGCACGUCUAGAUGUCUGUAUGGGGGGAAGAGUUGCCGAAGAACUCAUCUUUGGUGAGGAACAUGUCACAACUGGAGCAAGUAAUGAUCUACACACAGCAACAGAGCUUGCACAAUAUAUGGUAACUACUUGUGGGAUGAGUAAUACUAUUGGACCAAUUUAUAUCAAAGAGCGACCAAGUUCAGACAUGCAAUCACGCAUUGAUGCAGAGGUGGUGAAAAUCCUAAGAGAGGCAUAUGAUCGUGUUAAAGCUCUACUAAAGAAGCAUGAGAAGGCAUUACAUGCAUUGGCAAAUGCUCUUCUUGAAUAUGAGACGCUCAGUGCAGAAGACGUCAAGCAGAUACUUCUACCUUGCCGGGAAGGGCGAUUUUCUGAACAGCAACAACAGGAAGAGGAAUUUGCAUUGGCUUAAAAUCCUUACCUCCACGUAUAAUCUUCUCUAACUGUGAGGUGAGCAAUGUACAGUGUAUUGAAAUCAUUACAUGUAAUUUAUAUAAUUCAUUUUCCACCAAGUCUUAUCUAUUUUAUGAAUUUUAUGAUAUACUAAUCAUUAAGUACCGUA